GACACAUCUCGUGUCAAUCCAGGCGCCAUACUGAAUUUUAUGGACAUUUUUUUCAACAAUUAGUGCAAGAUUCAAAUGCAGGUACGUAUCUGCCCUUUAAAAAAUUAAAGACAUUGGCUAUUAGUUUCUCAAACAGCUGAAGGUUCUCGUUUCUGGCCCUGUCCUACGAUCGCUUCACACUUUGUGUCGUCAGUCUUGGGUCCCAUUCAACGCUAACCUACCACCUCCAGUCCCGGUUCCUUCUAAUGUUAGUCUUCCGUUUCCAACUUGGUUCCCCACAACUCGCGUUACACUUCCGCCUUCUUUGGAUCACCUUCCGUUGGUGCCGACACCAGAGCAAGUCAUUAUUCCAUUAGAAGCGAAAAACGACAUAAAGAACCGAAAACGAAAAAUGAAACGUCAUCAAAAGCGGAAGUGGCGAAAACUCCAUCUGACUCUGAUUCGAAAGUUGCAGUUCCAACAAGAAAAGAAAGAGGAAAAGAAGCUCCAGGAGCUGUUUGCUUUCUGGAGGAAACGUUCUGAAGCUUGGGAUCCUCUAGACAAGAUUGAGCGUCGACUUCACUUAGCUCGCCGUUCGGGUUACUUUGUUGAUAUACUCCAUACUCCUGGUAGUCCACUGUACAAACCUUGCAAAUAGUCUGCAAAAUAGACAAAUACUCACUUCUAGUGUUCUACUUUUGCUUGUUACAGUUUUUUUUACUAGAAAGCAAUUUCGCAAUCCUACACUGUCUUUUAUAGCUAUCAUAAUCAUGAGUGAGUACGGCGAAACAGCUAGGGAGGUCAUAAAUCCGAUUUCUGCGUCCAGGCGUGGUCAGGAAGCCCUACAAGACCUGCUGAGCGGGUUGCGUGAUCUGAUGCUCCCAUUCUAUGCCUGCAUGGAUCCGAAAAAGCGCACGACACUCAGCACUCAUCAAGCUUUUUCGGCAGCUCAGCAAUUUUCAGAAACCUUGCAAGCGAUGCGAAACCAUCGAGAGCUUUUGAGAAAGACCUUUAUGAUCGUGAAGGAAGAGUGCGACAAACUACCGAUAACCGAUCCAGUCACUUUGAUUCCAUAUACGGACUGCGGUGCACCCAACUAUGAUAACUUUCCACGUUCGGAUUCAAAAUCAUUGUUAGAUGCACGAGAACACGCGAUCAAACGAUGUUUGGAGGUGACCGCUGAAUUGAAAACCAUUCAGAAAACAUUGACGUCUGCAUUAUGGGAUCUGAAUGAUCUAAUGGACUCAACCAUUACGAAACAAUGAUGAAUGCCUAGUUGCAACCAAACCCAUAAUGAAGAUUACCGGUCCGUCAUAAAGGCGUUCUUCAAAGGCUCUCCGACCCU